GCUAGCCACCACACACGGGGAGAGCGAGAGAGACAGAGAGAUGGGGAGCACAGCGAGCGACGGUCUGGAGGCGAAGGAGGUGGCGGUGAUCGGAGCGGGGGCCGCGGGGCUGGUGGCGGCGAGGGAGUUGAAGAGGGAGGGCCACCGCGUGGUUGUCUUCGAGCGGGGUGACACCGUCGGCGGCACGUGGGUCUAUACUUCGGAGGUCGACUCCGGUGACCUCCUCGGCCGCGACCCCAGUCGGAUGGUGGUCCAAAGCAGCCUCUACAAGUCGCUCCGCACCAACCUCCCUAGGGAAUCAAUGGGGUUUCUCGACUACCCGUUCACGGCGGUGGCCGGCCGCGACGACCGGCGGUUCCCCAGCCACGAGGAGGUGCUCGCCUACCUCUCCGACUUCGCCUUGGACUUCGACCUCUUGAAGUUGAUCCGAUUCCAAACCGACGUCUUCCAUGUAACCAGGGUGGCGGACGGGAGGUGGCUGGUUCGGUCGCGGAAGGUCCUCAGCGGCGAGGAGGCCGUCGAUGCGAGUGAGGUCUUUGAUGCUGUCGUGGUCUGCAGCGGCCAUCACACAGAGCCUCGUAUCGCUGAGAUCCCUGGUGUUGAUCGAUGGCCAGGCAAGCAAAUUCACAGCCACAACUAUCGUGUUCCUGAACCAUUUGAGGAUAAGGUAGUGGUUUUAAUAGGUGAUGCAGCCAGUGGUUCUGAUAUUUCUAGAGACAUUGCUCCAAUGGCGAAGGAAGUUCAUAUAUCCUCAAGGUCUGCAUUGAUCGAAACGACAAAAAGGCAACCAGGCAGCGACAACAUGUGGCUUCAUCCCACGAUCAAAAGUGCCCAUGAGGAUGGUAAAGUGGUAUUCACCGACGGAAGUUCAGUUGAAGCUGAUGUCAUUCUACAUUGCACGGGCUACCAAUAUCAUUUCUCGUUUCUGGAGACAAACGGUUUUGUGACUGUGGAUGAUAACCGGGUUGGCCCACUGUAUAAGCAUGUUUUCCCACCACCAUUGGCUCCAUCACUUUCGUUCGUUGGCAUACCAUGGAAGAUGCUUCCUUUUCCGAUGUUUGAAUUACAAUGCAAAUGGGUGGCAGGCAUUCUCUCAGAAAAGAUUUCGCUUCCAACUGAAAAAGAGAUGAUGGAGGAUGUAGAAGCUUUUUACUCCCAGAUAGAAUCUGUUGGUUACCCUAAGCGUUAUACUCAUAAUAUGUCAGAAUGUCAGUUCGAGUAUGAUGAUUGGCUUGCAAUGCAAUGCGGCUGCCCAAUGGUGGAGAGCUGGAGGAAGGGAAUGUACGAGGCAGCUUCGGUGAACAGGGGGGCUCGACCAGAGACUUAUCGUGAUGAAUGGGACGACCAUGACUUGGUUUUACAAGCCCAGGAGUGCUUCCUUUCUCUUUAACAGUUGAAAAUAAGAUGAUAUCUUCCUGUGGUUUAUUGUGUAUUUGUAUCUUCACCAUUUGCUCCCUUCUGGGUCAUUGUUUCAGUGGACUUAUUUAGUGUCCUAAACAAGGAAGCAGUAUUCUUAUUUCGUAUAAAUAAGAUGGGAAAUUAAGUUUGUGGCUCCGUGUGUGACAUGCAUCAA